AUGGACAAAAAGAAAGAUUCCGAAAUCAAAGUGUUGGGCGACGGCGCUCCUGACUUUGGCCUCGUCUCGCACUACUGCGGCGACGGAAAUCGCGAAGUGGCCGAGUAUGAGUGUUCGAGAUGGGCUUAUUCAAAGGCUUCACAUGAAAAGGUCACACUUGCUCUCGUCAUCGUUGCUUGUAUCCUUCAGGGAAUCGCCAUAGGAUGUUUCUUUGCUCUGUUCUCCGAUCGUUUCCGUUUGGGCGUCCCAACCUCCACAAUCUGCGCACUUGCUUUUCUCUGCCUUUUCAUCGCAAUUUUGGUAUUCGGAGUUCGCUAUUCGACUAAAGUCGCUUAUAUGUCAUCGAUAUCCUACGAGUUGAUCGCCAACGUCUAUCUGGGCUACUCCUACUGGCUGGCUGUGGUCGGAGCGCUGUUCACUCUUCUUGCCACCAUGAUAUCCGGCGGACUGAUCGGAAGCCAGCGUGCACCUUUUGAAUAG